AUGAUCAGUGUCGAAGAGACUUAUAAUAUGUUGGGAAAACCCAUUAAGGUUGUUUUGGAUGAUGGAAACAAGAGGACAGCUUCAACGACGACUGGUAAUCUUGUAACGAUUGAUCCGACAUCUGGAACUUUGGUCUUGGCGCAAUUUCAUCAUCAAUGUGAAAUUCGAUGUUUCGAAUUAAUUCCCAGUUCGUCAAUUUCGAAUAUUUCGAAACUUGAAGAGAUUGAUGAAAAUUGUGCUCCUUUUGGCGAAGCCGUUUUGGAGCAAAUUGACAAACUUCUCGGAAUGCAAAGCACAAAUGUCGUUGAAGACGGCGAAAUGUAUAAAAGAGCUGAAAAAGUGAUAAACUAUCUACGCGCCCAUCACAUUGAAGUAUUUGAGGAGCCGAAUGGCGUUUUUCGCAUAAGUGGCGUCGUGCGUUUCGAGAAACCGUAUAGACGCGAGAAUCUGUAUUGUGAUAUUCCGAUGGUCCUGCAACGACUUCUCAAACUGCUCGACGAGAUGCAAUGA